AAGAAAUUUAGUUCCAAAAUCUCAACAAACCAACCGAAAUGGUCUCCUCACAUCUAAAAAUUGACCUAAUGUUGAGGGGUAUUGUUGAAAUAUAAUGUUUGAGCAAGCACGUAAAACAAACACUUAAUUAGCAACAAGCAAAAAUGGAAAGAAAAACACUUUGAACCAUAACCCUACGAAAAUUACGUUCGAACACACAACAUAAUCAUAUUCUCCCAAUAGAAAACUAUAACACAAUAAAAACAACUCAUAAUAACUGGCUUUUUCUCUCCCAAAAUCCCUCCCCACCACCACCACCCAUCUCCCCUCUUUCUCUCCUUCCAUUACCCUAAUAACCUCCUAUAUUCUGUCCACUCUCCUACGCUUUUAGACAAGAAGGGAAGAAAAUACAUACCCCAUAUUAAAUAAUAACACACAUUUUCCUCUUUUCUCUCUUCUUCAAAAAAAUAUUUUUUGGGUUUUUUCUUGGGGAAAAACUAAGUUAUUUUUGCAUGGCUUCUAAACUAUGGCUAAUUGCUCUUUUCUUAGCCUUGAUGGUUGUCACCGAAUCCUCAUCUUCGUUUGAUGAUUCGACAUGGGGACUAUCUCGAUUAACCUCCAAAGGUGAUGGUGAUCUGCCCAUCAUGCGUACAUGUAAUGGACGCAUUGGAGACUGCAUUGGUGACGAGGAAGAAGAGGCCAUGGACGUUGAUGAUGCCCGCCGACAGUUGGCUGGAAGGAGAAGGUACAUAAGCUACGAUGCAUUAAAGAAGAACAACGUACCAUGCAAUCGACGAGGGCAAUCAUACUACAACUGCAGGAGUAAUGCAAGGGCCAACCCCUACAACAGAGGCUGCUCAUACAUCACCCAUUGCGCCAGGAACUUGGGUUGAUUAUUAUCACAUCCCAUCUAUAUGUCGCUUAACACAACUCUUUUUCUCAUAUGUAAUACGUGAAUUCGAUGAUUAACUUUGGUUUACGUUUAUUGUACAACUUAAUCCUAACCUAUACAUUUUUUACUUUC